AUGAGUUCAACAAAUCAAAGCUCUGAGAGUCUGGAAGUAGAAAAUGGAAGUGGACUAGACAAAUGUCAUGGAGUUGAAGAUUGGGGAGAGUCGACAGCCACUAAUUCCGUUCAUUCUGAUAAUAGAUUCAAUCAGGAUUCUCUAGAUGCUGUUCAACCCAAGAAGGAAAAGCAAGUUCAAUUCUCUCCAACCUCAUUUAGGCUCCUAAAAGCUUAUCGCAAGGGGCUCAAAAGAACUAGCAGUCAGAAAAUAAUUGACCCUGCCAUUGGUAAACCAACUGCAAAGGAGACAAGUGAAGGAUUAUCAAUCGAAGAAAUCAUAAGGAUUGCUGGAAAAAGAUUUGUUAGGACCUUAACCAAGCCAGUUAAUUUUGCCUCCAUGCAUAAUCACCAUAUUGAUGUUUGUUACUCUGGCCUUUCCACUGAGGACGCCGAAAGAGUUCACCUGGUUGGACUCCUCCUAAAAUCUGCUGACAAAGUAGGGAAUCAACAAUAUGACUGCGCAAACAUAUUGCUAGAUGAAUGCGAUGGCUUGUCUUCAUGCACUGGAAAUGCAGUUGAAAGAAUAGUUUAUUAUUUUUCUGAAGCUCUUCGAGAGAGGAUUAAUCGACAAACCGGAAGAAUCCCAUCACAGGAUUUGGAAAAACUGAAGUCAUUCAAUAUCGAUGAGCAAAUCAUGGCUCCAACUGCCUCUCUUUUGGCCUGUUACCGAGGAGUUCCCUUCCAUCAAGUUGCACAUUUUGCUGGAAUCCAAGCCAUUGUAGAAAAUGUGGCAGAGGCAAAGAAGAUUCAUAUGAUUGAUCUAGGAAUAAGGUUUGGAGAUCAUUGGACUUGCUUGAUGCAAGCUUUGGCAUCUCGAUCCGAAUGCCCUCUUGAGCAGUUCAAGAUAACUGCUAUAGGAACUACUAAGAGACAGUUAAUUGAAGACACAGGUAAGAGGCUAGAGGAAUUUUCCGAGACCAUUUGCUUACCUUUUUGUUUUAAGAUAGUUAUGGUAUCAGACAUCCUGGAUCUCAAAGAAGAUCUCUUUGAGCUAGAUGAUGAUGAAACAGUAGCCAUGUACAGUGGAUAUUUUAUAAGGACGCUGAUUCCAUUACCAGAUAGACUGGAUUCUAUGAUGAAAGUGAUUAGAAACCUCAAUCCAUGUAUAAUGGUGGUCAUUGAACCCGAGGUUUAUACCAGCUCGCCUUCUUUUGUUAAUUGUUUCAUUGAAGCUCUUUUCUAUUUUAGUGCAUAUUUCGAUUGUCUAGAGGCCUGUAUGGGUGAUGAUCCAAAUAGGAUAAUUAUAGAGUCAUCUCACUUUGGAGAUGCAAUCAGGAAUAAUGUAGCCACUGAGCUAGGAGAAAGAAAGUCUCAAUGUUCAAAUCUUAAUGUUUGGGGAAGAUUGUUAGCCCGUUUUGGAAUGGAGGAGACUGAACUUAGUUCAUCAUCUUUAUGCCAAGGAAAUCUGGUGGCCAAGACAUUUGCUGGUGGAAAUUCUUGUGUGCUUGAUAUGGAUGGGAAAAGCCUACUUAUUGGGUGGAAGGGUAGACCAAUGAUUUCUCUCUCUUCAUGGAAGUUCAUUUCAAGAAAGUAA